AUGAAGUGCUUCCGGGUUUCUACGGAGAAACGGGGAGAGGCGUUUCUGGGCGCUCGGCUGCCGUUCCAGGGCAGCAGAACUCGCUCCCCAGCCGCUCUCGAAGCUCCGCCGCGCGUGGAACAAAGCCCUCCAAGCCACGCCCGGCACCGCCUGCCGUUCAGUGGGAAGAAGGGCUGCGGGGACUCAGACCAGACCCCGGGAAAGUGGUCUCGAGCCCGCCGUGGCGGCAGUCCCCUCACCCAACCCGAUGGCCCGGAGCGUCACUCAGGGUGUGGGGGCCCGGGACACGGUGGGCGCCUCCAGACCCCGUGCAAGCUCGCAGAGCCACCUCCGGGCGUCCGCUCGCUCGCUGAGCCUAGCCUUGGGAAGCGGGCCGGACACCCCGCGGGGGACGCAGCGUCCGGGGAAAUUGGGUUGCUGGGGACGAAACGGACACCGAGGGGCGCCACUGGCGCCGACUUUGUAGCUGUCCGAGAGUUCGAGCCUCUGGCUGUCCUCUCGCACCCACCGCGCCCUGGGCUGGGGCGGCCCCUGGCGCUCUGCGAUUCGUCCGAGCGAGGUCUGGGGUGCGGCGAGAGCGAGCAGACUCCCGCUCCGCCACCACGCCCUCCCCUGGUUACUGGGGGAAAGGCAAGCUCCAGAGGGUGGCGACAGUAUGAAGAGAUCGUAGGAACAAAAGAAGGACAGGUUUGGAUUGCUGGACACGUCCUCCUGGAGUUGGAGAGACCCCCCCAUUCCAUUGGCACCCCCUCCUAUCAACCCCCCAGCUCCCUAGACAAGGACUCAGUGUCUUCCAGCCGGGAGAGCAGCAAGAGAAAGAAAGAAGCAAACGAAAUUCCUGAAUGGAUAGGAGAUGCUACGUCAGCGGUACCGGAGUCUCAUCCUCCACUCCACAAGAGAAGAGCUGGGAGAGACCCGCGGCGGCGCAGCCACGCGCCAACACCAGCUUCGUUGCCUCCUCCUCACAGAGGCAAGGAGCAGUCAUCUAGAAGCAGCCUCCUUGUUCAUCUGUUCAUCGUUCAUCGAUGUCAUCAUAGGUGGCCGACAUCCCUGGCUUUGGGGUAUUUAUUUCCUUGCUUGCUUGAUGGUGGUGUGUGGGGGGAGGAAGAAAGGAAGCUAGUCCUGUUCCUCUGGGUGCUCUCCCAGCUCUCCACCCUACUUACUGUCUCUUUCCAGUCUCCAGCCUCUGAUUUUGGUCUAUUUUGUAGGGUGACCUGCAUUGUCAAAGCUAAGAGGCAAUGCACCAACACAGCCUGGGGACAAAAGGCCACUCUGUAUCUGUAUCUGGUUAGGUGCAGAGAGGGAAGGUAUUGCUCUGCAAAACAUAGUCCCUUUUCCUCCGUGGGAGGGAAGAGAUAGAGGA